GAUUCUUAAAGUACAAAACAUUAUACGUUGGAACAAAUCAAUGGAUAUCGAUAAUCUUCAGAAGAAAGCAAUAUAAUAAGCCGUGAGUUCGCGAAUCCUGGCUGCUGUCACUGGCCCGACAUGCACGCUACUUGAAAGAGUCCUUAGGAAUGGACAGUAAGCACUGGUCUACUGUUCAUUGUCUUUGUAAAAACAGCUCUGGUAGAAUUAACCUGCAAAUACAGUAAACUGUAUACAUAGCGUCUGUCUUCUCUGUCACAACAGUAGUAGAAUAGCUUUCUGGAUAGUUAAACUGGAUAGAGAUCACUUUGAAUGUACCAGAAAAAAAGUAACCCUACUGUUACUGUUAUUUUUGCGGGGACCUCCGAACGCCAACCAAUCAUGUAUUUAACAUAAGUUUUAUAUUCCAUUGUGAUUCGUUGUGACUGCUUGAUAUUUGUAUUUGUAUUCUUGAUACAGUUUGAACGUGUGACAAAAUAUCUUCACUCGUACGUACUGGCAUGAGAAAACGAGAAAGUUUAGUUAAAUAUAAUAAUAUAUUUUUCAUGAUGAAAUAACACUACUGGAGGAAUUCUAACAGUUACAAUUGCCAGGUAGACUUGAAGCGGUGAAAACAAGGGUCGACGCGGUAAAGCUCAAAGUGACCCAAACCUCUCUAACUCUGAACACUAUGGCCGAGGCAGGGUUUCCGCAGCCCACCCAAUCACCAGGUAUCAACCUCGCAGAAGGAAAGGAGGCGUUCCAAUCAAGCAGUAUAUUGGGUAUGGUUGCCAGCCAUGCAGUAGAUGGAAACACCGAUGGUGACUACAACGAGAAUUCCUGCACACACACCACGCAAGGGACGCGCGAUCCCGCUUGGUGGGUGGAUCUUGGACAAUCGUACACCAUUGGCAGGGUGGUCAUCUUCAACCGCCAGGACUGUUGUCAGGAACGAAUCAACCCCUUCAACAUCCACAUCGGGGCUUCUAGUCGGAACCCCGUCACGAACCCCAAGUGUGGUGGCGAUUAUGAAAUGGACGUGAACCAGCCGUCUAUUUCCAUCUUGUGCCAGGGGAUGACGGGACGGUACGUCGGCGUUCGUCUUCCUGGUUCCCACCGAACUCUGGCCCUGUGCGAGGUCCAAGUCUUUUCAGACGUAUUGCCUAGUGCGGAGCUCAACACCACUCCAACGCCAGCACCCGGUAUCAACAUCGCAGAAGGAAAGGAGGCGUUCCAAUCAAGCAGUAUAUUGGGUAUGGUUGCCAGCCAUGCAGUAGAUGGAAACACCGAUGGUGACUACAACGAGAAUUCCUGCACACACACCACGCAAGGGACGCGCGAUCCCGCUUGGUGGGUGGAUCUUGGACAAUCGUACACCAUUGGCAGGGUGGUCAUCUUCAACCGCCAGGACUGUUGUCAGGAAAGAAUCAACCCCUUCAACAUCCACAUUGGGGCUUCUAGCCGGAACCCCGUCACGAACCCCAAGUGUGGUGGCGAUUAUGAAAUGGACGUGAACCAGCCGUCUAUUUCCAUCUUGUGCCAGGGGAUGACGGGACGGUACGUCGGCGUUCGUCUUCCUGGUUCCCACCGAACUCUGGCCCUGUGCGAGGUCCAAGUCUUUUCAGGUCCGACAACACUUCCGCAAGUUGCUGGAUACACUGUACGAGCCGGAGACUGUCGUGGGAACGACAUCUGGUCCCUCACCGGUUCCGGCAUGACUCUGUCCCAGUGUGCCAGCCGGUGCAGCGGCAGCUCCCAGUGUGUGGCCUUUCAGUUCUCCAACGGAAACUGUUACCCGAAAUCUGCGACCUGCAGUUCGCCCAUUACUGCCAACCCCCGCGACACCUUCUACGACAAGGAAGCAGGAUCUGUCCCUGAUGGCUAUGUAGAGAGAGGGGGCUCCUACUACAAGCUGUUCAGGACAACGAAAAAGAACCAGGCCAGUGCACAGGAGACAUGUGAAGCUGACGGGGGCAACUUGGUAUCUAUAAAGACCUCGUCUCUCAACAACUUCCUUCUGGGCUUGAUGCCGGAUAGGGUGAACUACUGGAUCGGGCUCAAUGAUAAAGAUAGUGAAGGCACGUGGAUGUGGGAAGAUGGGAGCAGACUGAAACGUUGUGAUUUCACCAACUGGGCACCGUAUGAACCAAAUGACAACAACGGAGCCUAUGGGGGACAAGACUGCAUCCACAUUUGGGCAGGAUCCAGCUUCAAGUGGGAUGAUGACGAGUGCUGGAAAGGGAAAUAUUUCAUCUGCCAGAUAGGCCCUGGAGAGGAAAAUUGCUAGAGUGCCGAUGAACUCAAGGUGCCUUAUUUCAAGUGGUAAUGUUAUAUCAAUGGUUUAUUGAGAACACAUAGUUUAAAAAAAGGCCAACAAAUAUAGCAGCCUGUCGCUGAAUUGGUGUCAGACUUUACAACAUCAUGCCGGUGGAUAAAUAUGAUUAUGAAUCAAACAAUUAGGUGUUAAAGGGACAGCGGGAUUAAAUACUUACUACUUGACAGAGGCAAGGUUCCAUAAUUCAGAUGUUGGAAAUGAUCGGAGUGCAUAUUAAACAUACUUAACUAUGUAAAUCUAUGUAGUGCAGGGCUCCACUGCAAAGCAGUGCAAACCACUGAGUGGACUACCCUGGGUAAAAAUGACAGAAAUAAGAAUAAAUAUUUGCACAUUCUCUAAAAGGGUAAUAAAAUGAUUGUAUAUAGAAUUGCUAUAUGUAGAAUUUCAUAACGUGUGCACAUUUUCGGAUCACCAAUCAAAUUGUUAUGACGAAUAGAUAG